CCCUAUAUCGAAGCACAUAUAUAGAGUGCUAUUCAAUGAGUCCAAUGGAAACCCCCAUUAUCUCCUUGUCUUCUUCCCAUAUUGAUUUAACUUCCUCUUAAAUAAAUGGAGGAAAAUUAAAUCCUCCCUCCCUCCAUAUUGAAUAGCUUCCAUGGAUGAAAAUUCAACCAAAAUAAAUAAAUGCCAUUCUCACUAAACCACUUCAGAGUGAUAGCACUAUGGCUUCCCAUCCUCUAAUUUCCACCAUUGUUACUCUCUACACUAUAAUUCUCCUCUACUUCCCCGCAAUUGCUGCUUCUCCAUUAAUCAUUUCCACUUCUGUUCUAUUACUUUCCCUUCUCAGACUCGGUGCAGCUCAAAGAAUUUCCCAAGAGAAUAAAAAACCCGAACCCCAGGUCCCAUCAUUACAAGUUACGCCUGAUUUUGCUUACCAUCAUGAUUGCACCAACUUUAAAAAAGAUCAGGGUCCGGAACCCGUACUGGAUCCAGUUCCUAUAGGGUUUCAUGACGACUGCUUGGUUGUGGUGUCCAAUAAUGAAAAGGAUUCGGUAUUUGAGGCAGAAGAGAGACCGUUUUAUGGGGAGUGUUUUGUGGAGUGGAAUGUAAGGGCGCCAUUAGAAGUGAUAUACGAAGCGUACGAAGGAGAAGAAGAAGAAGAUGAGGGUACAGAGGAGAAGAGAAAAGAAGCAUUUGGGGUUAUUGAGAGAUACGCUUCGUUGUCUAUGUACUACCCGGAAACUGAUACGGAUACGGAUACUUCGUCGGAUGAUGGGGGUUCACCGGUCGUCGGAAACUGGGAUGAUUCGCCGGAGAAUGUGUGUUUCCCAUGGCAAGAGGAAAAUGAAGAGUUGAUAGAGAUUGAAUUGGAUUCCAAGAGAAAUAGUCAAGUUGAGGAAGAGAAUUUGAUCGAGAUUGAUCUUAGUUUUUCGGCGAGAUGAUUCGUCUAGG